UCGAGUGCAAAGUAUUGAACAAGUCCUAAGCGAUUACUUUAACCACCAGGAGAGUAAAAUUUUGUCGAAUUUCCCUAAUUCGAUGCUGCUUUUCUUUGCAGUACGUGUUCGUGGUGAUGCUGGUGUUCGUUCUGGAAGCUGGAGUCGGUGCCCUGGCGCGGCUGUACGAGGAACAGGUCGGUCCUGAAUUGACGAUGAAUCUUAAUCGCACCUUCCUCGAGUACUAUUCCAUGAGGAGCAGGGAAACUUCGGCGAUCAACCAGAUGCAGAUGGAGUUCAAAUGCUGCGGAGCCCUGAGAUUCGAGGACUGGCUGCACAGCGAAUGGCACAAGCACGAGGAAGUGGUGAAUGACGGGAGCCUGGUUCCCGAUAGUUGUUGCAAGACACCGACGUACCUUUGCGGAAGGAGAGAUCACCCGUCGAACAUCCAUUACACGGGUUGCAUCUACAAGUUUCUAGAGACGACCAAGGAGCAUCUGAUCAUCCUAGGUGCAGUGGGCCUGGGACUAUCGGUGCUCGAGUUGUUCGGCAUCGUGCUCGGCUCGUGCCUCUACAUAAAGCUCAGGCACGACUUCGACGACUGAGAAUUGCUUCAAGUCCGCGAGAGCAACAACAACGGCCGUUCCUGGUGCAGAUACAUGCAGAACGGCGUUGGAGCCGUUUGAUCGUUGGGCUGGAAGGGAAAGAAGAGGAGCGGCCGUGGAGAAGAGGAAAUCCUUCCUCCGACGUUCGCCAUUCAGGAUUUCCUCCGUUUCUGACGCUGAAUUUCCUCUAACCCCUCGAGGGGGAGCUCUUGGAAUUUCUCUCCUAUUCUGUCCCUUCUCCCGAGAGACUACAAAAGGCUCAGAAGAGGGAACGAGGCGGGGAAAAGGGAGGAAAAGGGAAAGAAAAAAUGAGAGAAGCAGUGCGUUGGCGUUCAGGUCACCGUGAUGAUCUUCCUCGCCACGAUAGUCUUCAAAGUCGAAACGGCUCUUUCUUUUCCUUCCGCGAGGUUCGACGAAAGGAACGAGACGAGAGGCGAGGCAAAGCUAUCGAGAUUCGAUAUAGAAACUAUAAGAGGCGAAGUCUCGUUUCCAUUCGUUCGAGGAUUCGUCUCGAAGAGACUCCCCUUUCGCGUGUUUAAUCGGUCGAGAAGCGGAUGGAAAUACUUGUGUCCCUCGGCCAGGUGAAUCUCGAUUAAUCCUCGACCACUGCCCGGGCGUCACUAUCCUCGUGCUCUUACGAGACCCAUGACAAUUUUAGAGAAAAAUCUUUUAACGAAUACCCCCUUUCGAACGUGUUUAUUCGGAACGCGAGGAGCUCGUGCUCUGAGCCAAAGUUGUAUGUACGCCAUUUCUCUUUCACUCGGGGAAGAGACGAAGGUGUUCUUCUUUUUAUAACGGAACAGCAUCCAUCACGAUGCCCCGUUCACUCGCGACAAGUGAUCUCUGCUACGUCGAACGUACUCGGUUUCACUGUCAGCGACGUUCUUCCGCUCGUACAAAUCACGCUGUCUCUUCGAAUACUGCCGUAACGAAUCCGCACAAAUGUUUCUAAAGGUAUAUACACACGGGCUGCACGUACGAAGGAGCGAGCUUAGCGUUCUUA